AUGGCAAAAACGUUAAGGGAUCUCCAAGGCUGGGAGAUAAUAACAACUGAUGAGCAGGGAAAUAUAAUCGAUGGAGGUCAGAAGAGACUACGCCGGAGAGGUGCUAAAACUGAAUGCUACUUAAAGAGAAGUUCUGAUGGGACUAAACUUGGUCGUGGCGAUAGUGUUGUCAUGCAUAAUGAGGCUGCAGGGACUUACUCGGUUUAUAUGAUCCAGGAGUUAAGAAUUAAUACAUUGAAUAAUAUUGUCGAACUCUGGGCUCUCACCUAUUUGAGAUGGUUCGAAGUCAAUCCACUAGCUCAUUAUAGACAGUUCAAUCCUGACGCUAACAUAUUAAAUCGUCCUUUAAGCUAUUACAAUAAAAUAUUCUCUGAAACUGCAAAUAAAAAUGAACUAUACCUGACUGCAGAAUUAGCGGAAUUGCAGCUAUCAAAUUUCAUCAGGGUUGCCAAUGUAAUGGAUAGUAGCAAAUGGGAAGAAUCAAAAGGGAGUGUUGAUACAGAAAGAGAUUUUAUGGUUCAUUACAUCUGUGAACCAACUGGAGAGAAGUUUGUGGACAUUGAUAUCGAGGAUAUUAAGGCUCAUAUAAAAAAAGUGGAGCCAAGAGAAGCCCAAGAAUAUUUGAAAGAUUUAACACUUCCAUCGAAGAGGAAAGAAAUUAAAGGAAGCUCCCCAAAAAAGAAAAACAAAACUACUCGAAUGACCCAAAAUCCAGAUGCAGGAACAAGAGGCACAGAUAUAACGGAUGAUGAGGAUAGUAAUGAUGUUGAUUCAUCUGAUUAUCAAAGCCCAUCAGAUGCCUACAUUAGUGAGGAAAUAAAUAGCGAUGAAAUAUCCGCAGAUGAACUUGAAGAAGAAGAAGAAGAAGAAGAGGACAAUAAUGAUGAUGAUGAAGAACAGAAUGAACCUAGGCGUAUAAAUUCACCAAGGAAAAGAGGUCGCAAGAUAAAACUAGCUGAAGGUGAUACUGAUGCUUCUAUACAACCGUCCCCAAAAAGAAGAGGUCGUAAACCUAAAGAUCCUAGUAAACCACGUCAGAUGCUGUUAAUAUCUUCAUGCCGUGCGAAUAAUACUCCUGUGAUUAGAAAAUUUACAAAAAAAAAUGUUGCUAGAGCCAAAAAGAAAUAUACCCCCUUUUCUAAAAGAUUCAAAUCAAUUGCUGCAAUACCAGAUUUAAAUUCACUGCCCGAAUUUUACGGAAAUUCUUCAGAACUAAUGGCAUCAAGCUUUGAAAACAAGUUAAAAACCACCCAAAAGCAUCAAAUUGUAGAGACAAUUUUUUCCAAAGUUAAAAAACAGUUGAAUUCUUCGUAUGUCAAGGAGGAAAUAUUAAAGUCGGCAAAUUUUCAAGAUUAUUUGCCUGCUAGGGAGAAUGAAUUUGCCUCAAUUUAUCUAAGUGCGUAUAGUGCAAUUGAGUCGGACUCUGCUACUACUAUAUAUGUGGCCGGUACUCCUGGUGUGGGGAAAACUUUAACCGUGAGAGAAGUCGUAAAGGAACUACUAUCAUCUUCUGCACAACAAGAAAUACCAGACUUUCUUUACGUGGAAAUAAAUGGAUUGAAAAUGGUAAAACCCACAGACUGUUACGAAACUUUAUGGAACAAAAUAUCAGGAGAAAGGUUAACAUGGGCAGCUUCAAUGGAGUCACUAGAGUUUUAUUUUAAAAGAGUGCCGAAGAACAAGAAAAAAACCAUUGUAGUCUUAUUGGAUGAACUUGAUGCCAUGGUGACGAAAUCUCAAGACAUCAUGUACAAUUUUUUCAAUUGGACUACUUAUGAAAAUGCCAAAAUUAUUGUCAUUGCAGUAGCCAAUACAAUGGACUUACCAGAACGUCAGCUAGGUAAUAAGGUUACUUCAAGAAUUGGGUUUACAAGAAUUAUGUUCACUGGGUAUACUCAUGAGGAGCUAAAAAAUAUUAUUGAUUUAAGGCUUAAAGGAUUGAACGACUCGUUCUUCUAUGUUGAUACAAAGACUGGCAAUGCUAUCUUAAUGGAUGUGGCUGGACAUGACGCUACAGUGAGACAAACGUUGCCUAAUGACGUAAAGAAAGUUCGCCUAAGAAUGAGUGCUGAUGCCAUUGAAAUCGCCUCGAGGAAAGUAGCAAGUGUUAGUGGUGAUGCAAGAAGAGCACUGAAAGUUUGUAAAAGAGCGGCGGAAAUUGCUGAAAAACACUAUAUGGCUAAGCAUGGUUAUGGAUAUGACGGAAAGAUGGUUAUUGAAGAUGAAAGUGAAGGCCAAAUGUACGAUGAUGAAGAUAAAGAUCUUAUUGAGAAUGACAAAGCCAACAAAGACGAUGGCAAUGACGAUGACGACGGGGUACAAACCGUUCACAUUACGCACGUUAUGAAAGCCUUAAACGAAACCUUGAAUUCCCACGCGAUUACAUUUAUGACGCGACUUUCAUUUACAGCAAAACUGUUUAUUUAUGCAUUAUUAAAUUUGAUGAAAAAGAACGGAUCUCAAGAACAGGAACUAGGUGAUAUCGUCGACGAAAUCAAGUUACUUAUUGAAGUAAAUGGCAGCAAUAAGUUUGUUAUGGAGAUAGCCAAAACAUUGUUUCAACAGGGAAGUGAUAAUAUUUCUGAACAAUUGAGGAUCAUAUCAUGGGAUUUCGUUCUCAACCAGUUGCUUGACGCGGGAAUAUUGUUUAAACAAACCAUGAAGAACGAUAGAAUAUGCUGUGUUAAGCUGAAUAUAUCAGUAGAAGAAGCCAAAAGAGCCAUGAAUGAUGAUGAGACGUUGAGAAAUUUAUAG